GAAUCCGGAAGUGAUCCCGAGGGCCGGGUUGCAGCGGAGGACCCCGGCGGCCGAGCCAGGUGCGGGACCAUGAGCUGGAUUCCUUUUAAGAUUGGACAGCCCAAGAAGCAGAUCGUCCCCAAAACAGUGGAGAGAGACUUUGAAAGGGAGUAUGGAAAACUGCAACAGCUGGAAGAGCAGACCAAGAAGCUGCAGAAGGACAUGAAGAAGAGCGCCGACGCCGACCUGGCCAUGUCCAAGUCGGCCGUGAAGAUAUCCCUGGACCUGCUCUCCAACCCCCUCUGUGAGCAGGACCAGGACUUCCUGAACAUGGCGACAGCCCUGGACACAGCCAUGAAGCGGAUGGACGCCUUCAACCAGGAGAAGGUGAACCAGAUCCAAAAGACUGUGAUUGAACCCUUAAAAAAGUUCGGCAGCGUCUUCCCGAGCCUCAACAUGGCCGUGAAGCGGCGGGAGCAGGCCUUGCAGGACUACCGCAGGCUGCAGGCCAAGGUGGAGAAGUACGAGGAGAAGGAGAAGACGGGGCCUGUGCUGGCCAAGCUCCACCAGGCGCGGGAGGAGCUUCGGCCUGUGAGGGAAGACUUCGAAGCCAAGAACAAGCAGCUCCUGGAAGAGAUGCCACGGUUCCACAGCAGCCGCCUUGGCUACUUCCAGCCCAGCUUUGAGUCCCUGAUCCGGGCCCAGGUCGUUUACUACUCAGAAAUGCAUAAGAUCUUCGGAGACCUCGCCCGACAGCUUGACCAGCCGGGCCACUCGGACGAGCAGCGGGAGCGGGAGAACGAGGCCAAGCUGAGCGAGCUCCGAGCCCUCUCGAUCGUGGCUGACGACUGAGCCGGGGCCUCCUGGGACGUGUCCAUCGCUCUGCGCUUUGCACUGUCCUGACCGGCAGCCGUGCGGCACCUGGCAGGCCGGGGAGAGGCAGCCCCUGGACCUGCGGUCUUGGCUCCCUUGAGCCCCAAGCUGGCUGCCACCCCCCAGGCCCAGGUAAGCCGCGUAGGAAGACCCUGGGGGUGUCAUGUCCUGAACCGUCCAGUUUGUCCUGGCCUCGGGCAGGAGCUGGCCUCAGCCCUGCUCGCCCGGCAGGGCCAUCUACCUCCGAAGAUCUGCCCACCGUGGCGUGCGCCCGGCCUGUCGCGCCACUGCAGACACUGCCCCAGCAGAGGGCGCCACAGCACUACAGAGGUGAGCCCCUAAGGGCUGGGAUCUGGCCUCCUGUGACUCCCCCAGCAGGGUUCCAUCAGGCCCAGGCCUCCAUGUGAGAACAGGCGGUUAGUGUCUCACCUGAAUAUCUGGAAUUCUAUUUUUUCAAGUAAAGUUUCCAAUGAAAUAACCACAUCGUUUUGUGCU